CCUUGAUAGAUCGGUCGCAUGAAGGCAUGAAUGCACACCCAAACAAUGUCUCCCCCACAGAUGUAGGAAUGCUCAGAUACAUGGCUACUACAUCCCCAUCAUGAUGCGCAUGACACACAUGGCCAUGGAUGGAUGGAUGGAGUCUGUACUCAUUCAUGUGUGUUCACCGGCCACACACAUCAACCAUCCAUCCAUCCAUCGAUUCACCAGCAGCUCAAUGGCCGGCCCUGACACGCACACCCAGAGUGUGUGCGUGUGGGUGUGCGUCUGCUGCAUGUGCAAGCUGCCCUGCCGGCUACCUGCUCAGUUCAUUCGUCAAUUCCAGUCAUCCAGUCGUCCAGUCAAUGGCCAUCGGUGACAGUCUCAGGCACUGUGGCAUCACUGCGCACGCCGCCGGUGCCCCUGCACUCAUACACAUUGAUCAUGAUGCAGACGCAUGGGCCAGCGCACUUCUUCUUUCACGUGUCCCUCCCUUACGCGCGAUCCACUUGCUGCACGGGCGGCCGGGGAAGGGCUGGCACACAGAGCGUCAGGUGCAUUCAAACAAUUGCAAUGGUGACUGUCUCUUCCUCAGGUACCUCUGUUGAUAAUGUGCUGGUGCUGGUGCUGUGUUUGUGGCUGCUGUGUGCGCAUCCGCCGCACACCAACACCCCCACCACUGGCACCACCAGCAGCAGCAGACAGCUCCCCCUCGGUGGCGGCGUGGCGGGGUGGUCGAUUGACAGCUGUGGUGAGCUCGCCGGCAGUGGAAGGCCUACAGAUACACCCACGCACAAGAACGUGUGUGUGCAUGCAGAUCCAUACAUGCGAAUACCUGUUGUAGGUGGUGUAUCUGCCUCCUGCCGAUGGCCGCCCGUCGGUGCUCUUGACACGCGGCGACGAACCAACCUAUCACACACACACACACACAUACACAUAUUCUUUGCCUCUGUGCAUACUCGCAGAUGUGUAUUCGGAUACCUGGCCGCUCGGUCUGUUGCGUCGAGGGCUUGCGGACGUCACUCUCGCAGCAAUGCCGUCAUAGGACGGCAGCUUAUCAACAACCAUGCCCUUGCCACGCACAUACGACGUGCCGGCAGAAAAACCUGCAAGACUCACACACGUAGGCAUGUACCCACGCGUCGCAUGUUGGUGUGUGGCCCGACUGACGCACCCAGGUUCGCCCGCUCUUUGGGCGGCGACGCUGCGCGCGUGACGCUGCCGUACGGCAGCCACGGACGAGGCGAGGGCGACCGACGGUUAGCUGACAUAGACCGGAGAGACAUAUGCAAAUGCGUGUCAAUCGUGAUACUGUGUGUUGUGGUGUGUUUCGUCUUGCCCGCGUUGCGCUCGCCGCUGGGGCUGCGAUCUCGCACAGCAGCACCAGCAGCUGCCGGCCGGGGUCGCACCGGGGCAGGGGGCGCCUGAAUGCACACACCACACCACACCACGUACGGACACAGACACACACAGGGAUCACGUGUAUCUAUGAGAGUAUGUGUCGCUAGCCACACACCUCCUGCUGCAGCGAGUUUGCGGCUGUGUGUUGGUUAAAGGCAAUGCCGACACCGAUGUUGGGCCGCUCCCGUCCCCUGCUGGGCUGGAGAUCCCUCUCCCUCUCCCGCCCACCCCGCGUGUGCAUGACGCCCCGGCCAAAGCCUCCCGACACCGCCGCUGCGCCGCCAGACGGCCGCGGACUCGCAGACCGGCUACCUCCCCGGCUCUUCUGCUGCUGCUGCUGCUGGACGUCGUUGCCCGUGCCCCUCAUCAAAGUGCCCCGCAGUCGGUGAGACAGCUUUGAAGCCCCGCUGUCCUCCUUGCCUGCACCGCGCACGUCACGUGAAUGAAUGUGUAUAAAUGGAUGUGUGUUAGUAUGUGGUGUUGUGGCUCACCCAUGGCGUUAGCACCGGUCAUCAGGUAUCCCCUGGAAGGACUCUUGGCCAUCAUGGCCCGCUGUGCGGCCACCUUGCCGCGGUAGCGCCCCGCAGACGUGCUCGCAAUAGACGAUGGGCUGCAUAUGGACCAUGCAGAACCAUGUUGAUGAAUGUGGCACAUGUGGUGGGAGUGUGGUGCCUACGUGUUUGCCUCAUUCUCGUUGGCUUGAUUCCCAGCGGCAGCAGCAGGCACAGCCUUGGCACCUCCUGCACACACAAAGGAUGGCUGAAUGGCCGGCCAUGUGCACCUGCCUGUGAAGGUGAUUGCUGUGUACCAGUGGGUGGUUUCUUCCUCUCUAUGACGAGUCUUGCGGAUGGCUGCACAGCGGGGGGCGACACACGGCCACUGCGGACUGCAUAGGUACUCGCAUACAAACACACACACGUGGCGAUUUGUGUACUUUCGCAUGUGCAUGUGAUGGCACCAUGUGUGCGUGUAUGGAAUGGAAUGGUCGCUCACCGCCCCGCUGCACAUUAGUGUGGGUGUUGUGUGUGACGUGUGGGGGCGUGAUGGGCGGCGCCUCCCAGUGCAGAUGAGCACCACCCGACACUGCACACACACACCCCACGCACCCCACACAGACCCAUCAAGGCGUACCCACACAUUGAAGCGCAUCCAUGCUCACCCCUUUCCCUCUCCCUCUCCCGUCUCCCAUCGUCCAGCCGAACGCUCUCAUGUUGCUCAUGGCGGUCGUCUGUCUCAUCGUCAGUGCCGGUCUCGUGUGUGGCGCCGCCAUGUGCUGUCGGGGGUGACUGGGAGGGCGGCGACGGGAAGAACAACGAAUCCUGCACAGGUGCAGGGGUGGCAAUGGGGUGUGUGGCGUAGCGGCAUGUGCGUGCAUGGUGUGCGCACCGCUAUGAGGCCCCGCUGCCUCUGCCGCGUGUACUCGUCAAUGAUAUAUCUGACCAAUGAAUGCAGGAAGAGACACACACACAGACACGCUCAUAUGCUGGUCUGGUCUGCUGCUCGGACGUCUCACUGGCUGGCUGGAUGACAUACACAUACUUGAGUGUCUGGUGCCUUCGCAACAGGGGGCGCACGUCAGGCUGGCUUACCUACACAAACACACACACACACACACACACCAUACACCGAUACGUAGGAUGCAUUGAUGCAUUCUUCACCCCCCCACCCCACCAGGACAUGCAGUAUCGGCAAGGUCUGCAGCAGCUCCUGGUCAGUACUGUCACCCAGGAAACUCUAUACGCGCGCGCACACACACACACACACACACACAUGUCGGUCGGUGUACGUGCCCCCAUGCUUCCAUGGGUACAUGUAUGAAAAUGCCGUUGUCCGGCUGGAACGCAAACGAUAUGAGUGAGUUGUCAAUCAAAAUCAGAUGCGACAGCGGCCGUCCCAACAAACGCAAAUCCUGCACACACCCACACACACCCACACACACAUAAUAUAGACGUCGACACACACGUGUGUCGGGGCUGCCUGGGGUGUGGGUGGGCUGUGUUGUGUUUGCGGCUUGCCUUGAUAUAGUAUCCUCUGUGUUCGACGCAGUGAUACCGAUACAGCCGGUGGGAGAAGAACUCGUUGUUCGGGUCCAGCUGGGCGAUGAUCUGCAGUGACACACCGACACACGCGCGCCUCUGCCUGUAGUGGAUUGGAUCGAGCCUGCCUUCCUCCGUGUCGUGUCUACCUGGUCGGCUGCACAGGUACGUACGGACAUUGCAGAGAGAAAGGCGAAGCGAAACACACAGGUAUCGCAGCCUCACGGUGGCUGGCUUACUUACCAUAGUCAUGGUUGGCCGCCGUGUAGCACACCUGACCGUUACACAUAUACACACGUAUACACUCAAGCUGUGUGUGUCCAUCCAUCCAUCCAUCCAUCCAUCCAUCCAGUGUGCGUGUGUGUGUGGUCACCACUUCGAACAGGUUUGCGCACGUCUUGAGGAACUCGCGAAUGUACGGGCGGAAAUACACAUACGCCUGCACAGCACAGCACCACAGCACAAAACCACAACCCCCCGCCACAUAUAUAUGUGUAUGCGUCUGCGCAGCGUUCCGCUCAUUCAUUCAUUCGCUGGCUGAUAAUAUAUCUACGGACCCAGCUGUCGUCCUCCUGGCUCCUGACGAUCAUGUCGUGGGGGUGCUCCAACGACUCAAACUGAGUGUGCGUCAACCUUCACACAGCAGGGCCAACACAGAAACCGACACACACGCACACGGUUGUUGCGAAUAUGUCCAUGCGAUCUGUCCAUCUGUGUGUGUAUGUGUGUGCGCACGUACGUUUCGUCCAUAUCGAGCAGCAGUGUCUUGCGAUCAGAGCUAGAGGGCGGCCUGGGGAGAAGGAAGGCAUCCAAUGUAUAUAUGCGAUGCACAAUGGGCCCGUGUCUUUUACUGACAGUGCAUUCGGGACGUUUGGGUGUAUUUCGCAGUUCUUGGGCAGCGUGCUGAUGAACUCCAGCGCCAACAACGUCUCACGGGGCACGUCCUGCCUGCAUCCACACACCACACCCAUCCAAUCCACAGUUGCCAUGGAGCCUCUUUCUUUCUUCCUCUCUGGAUGGACCAUCUGAAUCCCUCCCCUAUGAAGGAUAUCUCCUCGGGCGUCGGCUCAUGCGGACUGCAACCAUCCUCACAUCCACACACACAAUUGAUGCACACGAAUGCGGAUGCAUCUUCUCUGCCUUUCACUCACCUUCUCGGCGAUGCGGCAGCAGGCCGACUGGACACAGACGACUGCGAGGACGAUGGGCCUGCAGGAGGACGAUGCAUCCCUCCC